GAAUUAAAAUCCAUUAAACACAAUAAAGCUGAAUGCUCCCAGCUUUAUAUAUACACAACAUAAAUAUCAUCCAAACUCUUCUUUGAUUGUUAUUUGCAACAGAGAGAGGUUUUUCACUCAUUUUUUUUUUUUUUUUCAAUUCCUCAAUUUCGUACACACCAAAAAACACUAUGGCUGCUGAACUAGUAGGAGGAGCUUUUCUCUCUGCUUCCCUUCAGGUUUUGUUUGACAAGAUGUCUUCUGGAGAUGUCCUUGACUUCAUCCGGAGAAAGAAGCUCGAUGAUAGCUUUCUCAAGAAGUUGAAGAUUAAGUUGCUGUCAGCUAACUCAGUGCUGAAUGAUGCUGAAGAGAAGCAAAUAAAAAACCGGGCUGUGAGGGAGUGGCUUGCUGAGCUCAAGGAAGCAAUCUGUUAUGCUGAGGAUUUAAUGGAUGAGAUCGAUAGUGAAGCUUUGCGAUGCCAGAUUGAUGGCGAAUCUGGAAGCAGCUCACAUCAGGUACUGAACUUGAUCUCAACUUCAUUUACUGCAUUUAACAAACAUGCCGUAGAUUUGAAGAUGGAGGAAAUCCUUGAUAGAUUGGAAUUCAUUUUGCAACAAAAGGAUUUCCUCGGCCUCAAAGUAGGUGUUCUAAACACACCUACUCGAAGAACACCUGCAACUUCUUUAGUAGAAGAAUCUGGUGUAUAUGGCAGGGAUGAUGACAAAAAAGCCGUCCUUGAUUUGUUGCUAUCAGACGAAGUUGAUAGCAAUAAGGUUUCUGUUAUUCCCAUAGUUGGUAUGGGUGGGAUUGGCAAGACCACCCUUGCUCAGCUCAUUUACAAUGAUGAUGAGGUGCAGGAACGUUUUGACAUCAAAGCAUGGGCUUGUGUCUCAGAUGAUUUUGAUGUUUUCAGAAUCACAAAAAUAAUUUUGGAGUCCAUCACUUGUCAAACAUGUGAUAUUACAGACUUGAAUCGGCUUCAAGAAAGAUUAAAGCAAGUGUUGAUGGGAAAUAAAUUUCUCUUUGUUUUAGAUGACGUUUGGAAUGAGAAUUAUAUUGAGUGGGACACGUUGAAAAGUCCUUUUGAAUUUGGAGAGCCAGGAAGCAAAAUCAUCGUGACAACGCGCAGUGAAAAAAUUGCAAAUAUGAUGCAAAGUGUUCUGAAUUAUAGGCUGCAAGUAAUGUCAGAAGAUGAUUCUUGGCUUUUAUUUGCAAAACAUGCCUUUGGUAAUGUGGAGACAGGUGCACAUCCUGAAUUGGAAGGGAUUGGUAGAGAUAUUGUUAGAAAGUGUAAAGGUGUGCCAUUAGCAGUAAAAGCGCUUGGUGGUUUGUUGCGUUCUGAACAAAAUCCACAAGAGUGGGAAAGACUUCUAAAGAAUGAUAUAUGGGAGUCAUCUGGAAAGGAACUUAACAUUCUGCCAGAACUUUGGUUGAGCUACUACCAUCUACCUACUCAUCUUAAAAGAUGUUUUGCCUACUGCUCUAUAUUUCCAAAGGAUUAUAAUUUUCUAGAACAUGAGAUAAUUUUAUUAUGGAUGGGAGAAAAUCUUUUGGAGCCCCACAAAAGUAAGACUGCAGAAGAAGUUGGAAAGGAGUACUUCAAAGAUCUGCUAUCAAGGUCGUUGUUUCAUUACACUCAGCGUUCCUAUGUUACAAUGCAUGACCUUGUCAAUGAUUUGGCUAAGUUUGUAUCUGGAGAAUCUUGUCUAAGGUUGAAUGACAAUUUCUUAGAAGUCCAAAGCAAAAGUGCUCGCCAUUUGUCAUGUCUUAGAUAUAACCUCUGUGAUAUUGGGAAUUUAGAGAAUAUAUGCAAUACUAAGGUAUUGCGUACUCUGCUGCUUGACAAGUGGAAUAAAGUGAAUGGAAGACACUUGAUAACUCCUGAGCAAUUGCGAUCAAUGCAAUACUUAAGAGUGCUUUCUCCGCCUAAGGAACUUUUUGUUGAGGAAGGUCCUUUUGUCACGAAGUUUCUUAAUUCAAUUGGCAGUUUGAAGCUUUUAAGGUUUUUGGAUUUCUCCUUCUCUGAAAUUGAAAAAGUACCUAAUGCAAUUUGUACUCUGUACAACUUGCAGAUACUUCGUUUAAGAUUAUGCGAAAAGCUUACUGGGUUGCCAAAUUCAAUUGGUAAUUUGAGGUGUUUAAGGUACUUGGACUUGUCCUAUACUAAUGUUGAAGUGCUACCUGACACAAUAUGUAAUUUGCACAAUCUGCAUUCAUUGGAAUUAUUAGGUUGCUGUAAACUUAUUCGUUUACCAACCAAUAUGGCAAGACUAAGCAAUUUGCGCCGCCUCAAUAUUGGACUUACAAAUUUAAGGGAGAUGCCACCUCGAAUGUCCAGCUUGAAAUGUCUGCAGAAAUUAACUGAUUUUGUGGUAGGCAAAAAUUGUGGAUCUAAUAUCAAAGAGUUAGGUGAGCUUAAAGAUCUACGAGGCUAUAUUGAUAUUACAGGCCUCGAGAAUGUAACAAAUGUUGAUGAUGCUUUUUUGGCCAAUUUGAAGGGAAAAAAGGGUAUUACUAAAAUGCUGUUGGAGUGGACAGGGGAUAUUGAUGAUUCACAGAAAGCAAGAGAGGUGCUUGACAGACUUGAACCUCAGAGAAAUCUCGAGAAGCUUUCAAUUAAAAGGUAUGGAGGUACAAGUUUCCCAGAUUGGGUAGGAUAUCAUUCAUUUUCUCGAAUGAAAGUUGUGGAACUAUCUUAUUGUAAAAAUUGCUAUCAGUUACCGCCGCUUGGGCAGCUACCCUCUCUUAAGGAGCUUGAUAUUGCUGGAUUUCCUAUGGUUGAGAGAAUAGGUGAAGAAUUUUAUUUUAAUGGUUCUUCUUCUGUGAUUAAGCCAUUCAAGUCGUUAGAAAUUUUAAAAUUUUCAGAUAUGCGUCAGUGGAAGGAGUGGUUAUUGAUUCGAGGUAGAGAAGCAAAUCCAAUUUUCUCACACCUUAAAGAGCUUAAGUUUAGUGGUUCCUCCAAGCUAAAUGAAGCAUGUUUACCUGAUUAUCUUCCAUCACUGACAAGUCUUGAGAUAUCAGCGAAUAGCCAGUUGGUGGCUUCACUCCCAAGGUGUCACUAUCCAUCACUGGGUAUCUUGAAAAUAGAAGAUUGUCCAGAAGUAAAGACAUUUCCAAGAGGUAGAUUGCCCUCCAAUAUACACACAUUGGUAAUCAAGAGGUUUGAAAACCUGGUCACACUUUUGGAAGAAGGAUGGCCUUCAAAUUUACAGUCACUUCAAAUUUCUAGCUGUCUGAAGCUAUUUUCACAGCCCAUGCAUUGGAAUCUGCAAAUGCUUACCUCUCUUACAUCUUUGCUAAUCAGCGGCGUAGAUGAAAAGCUCGCUUCAUUUCCAGAAGAAGGACAGCUUCCUACCACUCUGACUUCUCUUGAGCUAGUUCUUUUUCCAAAUCUGAAAUCCUUAAAUGGAAAAGCUUUCCAACACCUUUCUUGCCUUCAACAUUUGAAAAUUUCACUCUGCCCAGAACUUGAUUGCUUGCCUGAAGGUCUCCCGGCUUCUCUGUCUCUUUUGGACAUCAGUAACUGUCCUUUGCUAAGCCAAAGUUGCCGAGGGAAAGAUUGGCCCAAGAUUGCUCACAUCCCUCGCGUAUAUAUUGAUCAUCCAUAUUCAGAUUUUUCAGGGAUGGACAUGUCCCUCUCAUGUAAAAAUUUUGAGGUGGUUCGGUCCGUAUUCAAACCAGUUCAAGAUAUUAGGCAGCUCGGUCUAUUAGUUAAAUUGGAAUCCAAUACCUAAUACCUGUUUCCCGAAUAGCUAAGUUCGGAACAUGCCCAAACUCAUGGGUCAGAAGGGAUUGGGUGUCCGGGAGGAUGCAUACUUCUUUCUUACAUACAAUCGACACUUUUCGGAAGUUUCCUUCUAUAGAUCUAGUUUCCUUUAGCUCUAUUAGCUCUACCUGUCACUUGUCUAACUCCGGAAUAAAAACAGCUGAGUAAGAUUCUCUUCCCCCUUAGCUUUAUAAAAGUAGUUAUACUUAAUGUAAAUAUUCAAUACCAAUUCAAAUGCAGUUCAUGUCCUCAAUCUGGCACAGCCCUGCAGUUCUGGAUAAAUCAGAACAAAUAUCAAAGCGUUUCACUGUUGGUAACAAAGUAUAGUUACAUACAACAGCUGAUUCAAUAGUGGAAAGCGUUUUGGUUUCGAGAUUCGAUUCUAGCUCUUCUUGACCAUUUCAGUGUUCAGGCUAUGGUAUAUUUCAGUCAACAUCUCCUGCAUAGCCAAAUUUUCAAUUGCUCAAGUUUCCAAAGACGGUUUGUCAAUUCAUUCAGGAACAUUUAAAGCACAUUGUAACAUCGUACUGCAAAUCGCAAUUAAACUCUUGCUGUUUGCAAGGGUUUUCACUCCCAGUUCGAAGGUUCCCUCCUUGUUUGAACUGAAUGCUUGUUUCAUAACCAUAGCUGAUUUUGACAAUGCCAAACUUCUGCUUUUGGUUGGGGGGCAGCGGCGAGAUCUCAACUUUCUGUUGUAGCACACUUACAUAUAGAAUCUCUAAUAGUAUUGCAUAGCUAAUGGAAUUUCAAUAUGUAUUCGGAAAAACUGAAUAACCUCCUUUCUUUCAUCACUUUUUGUUUCCAAUAUUGAUGUUCUUAUAUUGCGUGUAGCAGAAGAUGUUUUAGUUUGUUUUGGCUGUAAGCUUGUGGUUCCCUUUGCAAUAUGUAAAUAAGUUCUUCAUCACCUUGACAGUAAAAAAUUCACUCUGAAUUUUACAUUAAAACAUUUCCAAUUUCAGAA